AUGCUAUUUAAGGUUACCUGUGACAGUCAGAUGGGUUUUAGCCUUGACCAGAUGGAGGACAUAAUAAUCUCUUUUGAAAGUUCAAGAUUUGGCUUGAAGAGCACCUACGCUCCGGUUACAGCACCUACACCUCCGGAUACGCCACCUACAUCCAAGCCAAGAGCACCUACACCUCCGGCUACGCAACCUACGUCCACGCCAAGAGCACCUACACCUCCGGCUACGCCACCUACAUCCACGCCAAGAGCACCUACAUCCGAGCCAAGAACACCUACACCUCCGGCUACACCACCUACAUCCACGCCAAGAGCACCUACACCUCCGGCUUUGCCACCUAAAUCCACGCCAAGAGCACCUACAUCUGAGGCAAGAGCUCCUUCACCUCCGGCUACGCCUCCUACAUCCACGCCAAGAUCACUUACACCUCCGGCUACGCCACCUACAUCCACGCCAAGAGCACUUACACCUCCGGCUACGCCACCUACAUCCAGGCCAAGAGCACCUACAUCUGCACCAAGAGCUCCUUCACCUCCGGGUACGCUACCUACAUCCAAGCCAAGAGCACCUACACCUCCGGCUACGCCAUCUACAUCUACGCCAAGAGCCCCUACACCCACGCCAAGUUCUCCUACACCUCCGGCUACGCCAUCUAUAUCCACGUCAAGAGCACCUACACCCACGCCAAGGGCUCCUACACCCACGGCUAUGCCACCUAUAUCCACGCCAAGAGCACCUACACCCACACCAAAGGCUCCUCCACCUCUGGCUAUGCCACUUACACCCACACCAAGAGCGCCUACACGUCCAGCUAGGGCUCCUUCACCACCGCCUGUGAUACCCAUACAACAACAAGCGGACAUGGCGCAGCAACUGGCAAAGGAACAAGCUGGUGCGAUGACGCAUGAGAAACAUUUAAAGAACAACAAAUACCGACAGUGGGUCAAGGCUGGCUUGGGCUUAGGUUAUCUAAAAGAGGGACUUGCACAGUUUUGUGAUGACAUAGGAAAACAGCAACAUGAAGAUAUUAUAAAAUAUAUUCAACAAACAAAGAAUCCGAAGCCAAAUGUAGCAUGUGGCUUCUGUAAGAUAACAACUCUCCAGCCAGACCACGUCCGAGUCUCAAAAGGGAAAUGUCCCUUGGGGCAAGAUAAAUGUAACUGUUGCUUUCCAAAUAAUAAGAAACCCUGUCCAAACAACGUAUGUGGUGCCAUCUACGACAACAUUAUACGGAAUCAUGCAUCAAAUCCACCAGCACCUUUUUGGAAAAACAGUGAUGCAGCUAUUUGGUCCACUGACAAAUGGAGCAUUUGUAAAUGCUUUAUAAAUGCUCCUGGUUACAAUGACAAAGCAUCGGCAUUUGACACGGACUGUUCAGGGUUACUCCAUGUUAUAAUAAAUAACAAAUAUUUUCACAAUCAUAUUGGAUGCAAUGUUACAGCACCAAACAAUCUUUUUUUAGAGGUCCGACAUUAUCGCAAUAAGAUUUUUCACUCAAGCAAUAUGGAGUUAGAGGAAACGGAGGCUAAUUCCUACAUUUGUGAUAUGAUAUCCGUUCUACAAGAUAGUAAGGAGCUUGUGCAUCAUCCAGCUUCACAACAAGCUGUCCGUAAACUUCAAGAUCUGAAAACAAAGGACUUCAUUAUAACUACUGAAGGCGUUGGUGAAAUUCUAAGGCAAAUAAAAGAAACUGCUGUAACGAAAGAUGAAUAUGAGGAGCUUAAAAACAGAAUAACUGACAUUGAAACACAAUUGUCCAAAGAAAAAGAGGUGAAUCAAAGACUCAAGAUAGAAGAUGCACGUCAACAGAAACAGUUAGAAUAUGAACAAGCUAAAUCAGUUCGAUUGUGUAUGAAGCUACACUAUCGAAUCCGUUCCUGGAACCAACAAGUACUUAGUAAUGAAGGAAACAACAUUUUGCUCCCGACGGGGUUUGAGCCUAUGCGGCUAGCGAUCAUUUCAAGUCCGACGUGUUAAUCACUCGCCCAUGCCAUCGCAUGAAAACAUACUUUAUUUCCCUUUGAAUGACACAUAUAUACAUUCGUUUCACAUUUUCAAAGAUAAUACCCUCUGUCUUCAUUUAUAUUUAAAACCACGUGGUUAUCAGUAUUAAGUCCAAGGUUAUUAUAGUAUCAUAAAGGAGUAGAACUGAACGACAUGCGCUUACUGUAGCAAUUAUAAGGUUCCUUAUAGAUUACUUGUAUUGUGUUAUAUCUAUGUAUUUAUAGGUGUAUUAGUUUAAUCUCGGGAAAGGGCUGAACUACAAGCUAAUGGACUUACUGUGUCAUAAUAAUGCAUAUCUCAGUCAAUGUCCCAUUAAAGUCCCAGUCUCACGGGGCCGUAUCGAAAACCUGAGUGAAUGAAGUAUGCACACUGCUAUAGAAUACCUUAUUUACUGAUUGUUCAAACCUAGUAUUAUGGCGAAAAAAAUACAUAUUCUCACGCUCGUCCCGGGUCGGCUUUUAUUUGUUUGGGUCGUCAGCCCAAACAAAUAAUGGUAGCGAAAUUUCAGAGUCUGAUGCUGUUAAUUGCAAAUGCCGAAAGUAGGCCGCUUUUUUGAAGCGGUUACUUCCCUUUAUAUGUACACUAACGCCGAAAAAAUUCAGGGGAGAUCACUGCGUAAAGAUGGUCAAAUGACAGGCGCAUUAAUUUUCAAGCAAAAUAAUUCCCGAAGGUCGAAAAUUUCUAAUAUUGUUUUAUCCUUUAUAGAUAUACAUGCUUAUAAUAAGCUCCAUGAUUAUUAACAUCUGUGUUAAACAACAGUUAGCGUCGAAAUAAUAAGGGUUACAAACCCUUAUUCAGAAUAUUAUGGUUUUCUUCAGGCCUUUUACAUAUAACUUCACCGUGGCCGAGGGGUCUGGAGUUCAAAUCCAGGAAGGCAACUCUUUUUUUCAAAUUGUUUAGAUCAAAUAAACAUUGAAUUGAAUAUCAGUGUUGCAAUUAGACUUAAAGCCAAUUAACUACAAUUAAAACGCUGGAAAGCACUGGUGGCACUAUACAAAAUAUGAUAAACAAGAUCAUCAAGGAAAGGCGGCGUUCAAGGAACACAGCCCCCAAACAAACAAAUAAGUUUAUAAUCUCACAACCUUCACCCAAACAAAUUCAGCGCUUUCUGUGCUUUGAUUUUUCCUCACAGGUAUGUAGCCUGACAUAGAUUAUUGUAAAUAUAUUGUAAAGGACGUGAGCCUCACUUUAAGACGUUGGGGGUAUCAAUGAUAUUCAGACACUUUACAUAUAGCAAUCGGUUCAUGUAUUUAACUGGGGUGAUGGCGAUAGAGAAAUUUGUAUUUUAUUAAUUGAUAUUGCUUAUUGCUUAUAACAAUUAUACCGAUUCUUGACUAGUGAAAGAGGACACCUGAGUAAAGGCACGGGCGUCCCGUUACCUAGAUGAAUAGCUUCCUCGCGUCGAUAAGAUUCGUACCUUCAGCAAGUGGUUAAGAGUCACCUUAUUCACUAGGGCUUUAAUUGUUGACAAAGUGGUCAGACUUUACAAAAUCUAUUGAUUGGAAAAAAUGAUGUUUUUUCUGCUUUUUACAGAUCAGCUGAAAAGAAGUUUAAGAGA